GUUGGUUUAGUCAAUUUUAUAUGCUUGUAUAUAUCCGUACAUUUUCAUGCACAUAUAUAAUAUAUUUGCAUGUGCUUAUACUAUGUGCUCUUCAAAUCUUGAAUGAUCUGCUCCUAUUUUUGUAUGUGCACAACAUGUUUGAUACUGGUUCAGUAGUUAUAGUAGAGUUCUUGUGCUUUUAAUUACUAAAGCUCAUGAUGAAAAAGUAGCAAGUCUUGGGUUUUGGUGGGGUUUACAGGGAGAGUGGCUUUUGGGUUUUGUCUGCAGAUUGCAAGUUGAUCAUUUUCUGAUAUGGGAUUUCGAUUUUCGUUGGAUGGACGAUAUAUGAUGAACAUGGUUACUAAUUUAUAGUUUGAUCCAUGUGAUAUCUCUGAAAUGAUUCUUUUGGCUUCCUCAGAUUUUGUUAGUAGCGUGAUGUUUGAUUGCCAAUCUUAAAAAAAUACUUGUGACUUCACUUGGGCUCUUCCUGAUUAUUCCUUUAACUAUGCGAAAAUCUUGAAUUAAAAAAUCGAGAUAGAUGCUUUCUGUCUGCCGUUUUGGGGGUUUCUUCAACUGGUACCGAGAUGCUGUUUUCUGUUGCAGGUUUUUAAGUCCUUAUAGCUAAUUAAGUAGAUGUGUGUCAUUAAAAUGACUUUGAAGCUUUAAACUGAUUUGCGGGGUUUAUGAUGAAUGUAUAAAGGAAAUCAAGAAACAAGGAAAAGGGGGAGGAGGGAGAGAGAAAGAAUGAUAAAGAAAUGGAGGGAGGGAGUAGACUGGAGUCAGAUUUGUGCUUGUGAGUGUCUUUGGUUUUCAGAAUAGUUUAGUGUCAAGAGUCUGUUUAUUAUGUCUCCCUGGCAGACCGGAUGCAUCCGGAGUCCGUGGGUUUUGCCGUUGAACAAGGAAACAUCGUCCAUUGCUCUCUUCCCAUUCAAGUCAGCUACUUAAAAAGAAUUGCUCUAACCCUCACUUCUCUUUUUCCUUCUCUCUCUGUCGAAUUCCUCCUGCCUCGGUUGCUGCCAAGAUUUGGUCAUAAUGGUAGCGUACAUACUGUCCCUUCUUUGAGAUCUUAUUUUCUUCCUCUCAACUCUAUAAAACUGGCUAUAGACCAUAGUUUAAGUCCUUGAAUGCGUGGCGUUUAUAUUUUCCAUUUCCAGGACUCUAGUCAUCAGUAAAUUUUCUUAUUACUGGGUAGUGUUUGGUGGUUAGUGGUUCAUUGAUAGAUCAAAAGUUUGUGGAGAUUUGGUCUUUAGUUGUAAUUUGUCAGAAGCAGAUCUUUUGUAGUUCCGAAAAUGAAGUUCAUGAAACUUGGAUCCAAACCUGAUUCCUUUCAAACUGAUGGGAACAAUGCCAGGUAUGUAGCAACUGAGCUGGCAUCUGACAUCGUCGUUAGCGUUGGGGAUGUUAAGUUCUAUCUACACAAAUUUCCUCUUUUGUCCAAAAGUGCUCGUUUGCAGAAGUUGGUUGCUACUACAGAUGUAGGGAAUGGCAAUGAAAUUGACAUACACGACAUUCCAGGAGGGCCGGCUGCCUUUGAAAUAUGUGCAAAAUUUUGCUAUGGAAUGACUGUCACACUUAAUGCUCAUAACGUCGUUGCAGCACGUUGUGCAGCUGAGUACCUGGAGAUGCAUGAGAAUAAAGAGAAAGGAAACCUGGUGUACAAGAUUGAAGUAUUCCUAAACUCCAGCAUUCUUAAAAGCUGGAAAGAUUCUAUUAUAGUUCUUCAGAAUACAAAAUCAUUGUCACCUUUGUCCGAAGAAUUGAAGUUAGACACUCAUUGCAUUGAUUCUAUAGCUUUGAAGGCUUCUGUUGAUGUUUCAGCAGUUGAUUGGUCUUAUUCCUACAACCGUAAAAAGCUGUCUGAAGAAAGUGCAAAUGAUACUAAUUGGAAUGGAGUUCGAACCAAAUUGGUUCCCAACGAUUGGUGGGUUGAGGACUUGUGUGAGCUUGGAAUGGAUUUAUACAAACGAGUAAUAGUCCAUAUAACAAAUAAGGGAUUAGUUUCUCACGAAGUAAUUGGAGAAGCUUUAAAAGCUUAUGCUUAUAGAAGGCUACCAGGCUUCAGUAAGGGCAUCCAAAGUGGAGAUCUCUCAAAGACCCGUACAAUAGUGGAGAUGAUUGUACAGUUGUUACCUUCUGAGAGAAGCACUGUCUCAUGUAGUUUCUUGUUCAAGCUGUUAAAAGCAGCUAUUUGGGUUGACUCAGCUGAUCUGACAAAGGAUGAACUAAUUAUAAGAAUCAGUCAGCAACUGGAGGAGGCUUCUGUUAGCGAUCUCCUAAUAAAGAACCGGAGUGAGGAAACGCUUCUAUAUGAUGUCAACGUGAUGCACAAGAUACUAGACGAGUUUAAGAUACAAGAACAGAAUUUUGGAGCUGAUGCAGCUCAGGAUUAUAAGAUUCAGGAGAUGAAAAGACCAGGCAUUUUGUCAGAAGCCUCAAAGCUUAUGGUGGCAAAGCUGAUUGACGGGUACCUGACUGAGAUAGCAAAGGAUCGCAAUUUACCAUUGCCGGCUUUUAUUGAUCUUGCAGAAGUGGUGUCUUCUUAUCCACGUCCCUCUCAUGAUGGUCUAUAUCGGGCCAUUGACAUGUAUCUAAAGGAGCACCCCGGGAUCAGCAAAAGCGAGAGAAAGAAAAUAUGCAAGCUAAUGAACUGCAAGAAGCUCUCUGCUGAUGCUUGCACACACGCGGUGCAGAAUGAAAGGCUCCCUCUUCGUGUAGUUGUGCAAGUGCUGUUCUUUGAGCAAGCUCGGGCUGCUGCAUCCUCAGGAUGCAGCACUCCUGACCUGCCUAAAGCCAUGAAAAACCUUAACAAUGGACCUCAUGGCAGCUCAAGAUCAGCAACCACUAACACAGAAGAAGACUGGGAUGCCGUCGCUACAGCUGAAGAACUUUUGGCCUUGAAAGGGGAGAUCGCGGCCUUGAGAUUAGGAAAUGGAAUAGAAAGAAGCAACAGCAGGGACAGUAAGCAAUAUGGAGAUAAGGCAGCUAUCAGUAAGAUGAAAAGGAUGUUCAUGUCAAAAAGAGUGUUUUCGAAACUCUUGUCGAGCAAAAGUAGGCAAACAGAGAACAGUGGCUCGGACUCAUCAGGAAGCCUUGGCUCAGCAAUCCCUGAAGAAGGGAAAUCCACUCCUUCAAGAAAAGUAAGGCAUUCAGUUUCUUGAAACAGCAUUGGUUGAUGUUGUUUGUUUUAGGUCUUCUAGGAGGAUUUUCUUCUAUCAAAUGACAUUUUUUUACAUGUUAAAAAUGGUGGUUCACCAGUAUGAAAUAUAUGAUUAUCAGAAGAAUAAUAAUAGUAUGGACCUUGAAAGAUGCUAGAAAAUGUGAGUUACAAAUUAAUUUUGUAUAUAUUAAUUAUUAUUAUUUAGAUUGUGGCAUAAAUUGUUAUUAGAAAUAUGAUU